AUGGACAUCGACACAAACACAGCAGCUGUGGCUGCUUCAACGACAACCACAACGACAGCAACGGAUAAUCCGACUUUACUCCCCCUCCGCACCUUGAUCGUCGACAACUACGACUCGUACACCUUCAACCUCCUCCAGCUCUUUGACGAGGACCAGCUUAAGAACGUUGUCGUUAUCCGCAACGAUCAGUUCGAAUGGCCUGUAUUUGAACAGGAGAUCCUGCCGUACUUUGACCAGAUCAUCCUUUCCCCGGGUCCAGGGCGUCCCGAACGUGCUCAGGACUUUGGUAUCUGUACUCAUAUCCUCCAAACCUCUCACAUCCCAGUCUUUGGUGUAUGUCUCGGACACCAGGGCAUCGGUUGGACCCAUGGUGCGGCAGUCACCUACGGACCAGAGCCAGUGCACGGACAGAUCGCCCACAUCAAACACGACAGCAAGGGAAUCUUUCAAGGAAUCCCCCAGGGAUUUGAAGCCGUCCGUUACCACUCCUUGGUUGUCCAGGAAAACGAUCUGCCCGACACUCUUGUCGCCACUGCCUGGUGUCAUAGCUUCCCCUUGAUCGCCGCAGAUAACCUAUCCAGUGGCUCAGUGCACAUCUCCAACACUGACAGAGCCUUCGGAUCCAAGGUCCUCAUGGGGCUUCGACACAAGACACUCCCUCAUCAUGGAGUUCAGUUCCACCCAGAGUCGAUCUGCACCCAGUUCGGCAAACGCAUGAUGACCAACUUUUUCCGCAUCUCGACUGAGUUUUAUGCCGAUCAGGAUCGACUCAACAACUCACUCACCAUCCCCGACUAUAUCCAUCGACUCUCGGUCGUACCGACGGAACCGAUUGUCACCCGUACCAUUCCAUCGCCACAUCACAAUCUAAAGCAGCGGUCGAGCCCAUUCAGUCUUCUCAUUCGCGCAUUGGAUCCCAGCAUCUUCCCUGAACCAGAAAAGGUUUUCUCGUCCUUGUUCCUGACAGGACCUCGUUCCAAGGCAGCCUCAUGGUGGCUCGACAGCGCUCGUCAACCUCACCCAAUGGCUCGCUUCUCAUUUAUGGGAGGCGUUGAGACAAGGAGCGCUCAUAGACAGAAUUCUCUCAUCCCUGGAUCAGUACAGGCAGUCAUCCAGUACUCAACAAUUCACAAGGAGGUCUUUGUACGUCGAUACCAGGACCAGACACCAGAAUCACCAAAGCGUGUCAAAUUGGACGACGGAUCAUCAGGAACAUUCUGGGACUGGAUGUCCAACGUGAUGAGCGAGCUUGGCAAGGACAACGUCGAGACUUCGGUUGAAGGUCCUAAUGGCGAGCAGUGCGACUUUGACUCGGUGCCUUUCGACUUUUUUGCGGGCAUGGUGGGCUACCUCGGAUACGAGAUGAAGCGAGAGAGUCUAGAGGGUUACCACACCCCUGUGGAGCAGGAAUGCCGAUGCCUCGGUCACACAGAUGUCGAAACCCCAUGCAGCUGUGAUUGUGUUAAGCAACCUGAUGCCUCCUUUGUGCUGGCCACUCAAGCAGUCGUGUUCGACCAUGUCGACAAGCGAGUGUACGUCUUGGGUGUCGUGAAUAACCAGCCUGGCAGGAUUCUCCACGGCGUUGGUGGAUCUGUUGGGUUUGAAAGCUGGGAGGGUUGCCGCAACUGGGUUCAGGAUGUGAGUCGGUCGAUCGCUCAUAUUGCAUCGGAUAACCAACCCGCUUUCAACCGAAGGAAUUCGACUCUCGCAGGAUCUCUCUCCCACGCAGGAAAGAGCGAGCCCUAUCUGGUCAAGCAACGCCAUCGUCGCCAGUCCUCAGCAGGUUUGUUGUCGCCCUUCAAGGUGGAUGUCACGGAAAAGGACUAUCUUCGUGCGAUCCAGGACAGUCUUGACUACAUUCACGAGGGCGAGAGCUACGAGUUGUGUCUGACAACUCAGUUCCGGGCUAAAGUGCCAUUAUACCAACAACUACAGGACAAGGACCAGCACGUUCAUGGAGACCCAGCAUUUGAUUUAUACAGGAUCCUGCGGAAACUCAACCCUGCUCCAUUCUCGGCUUUCCUGAGCUUACCCACAGCGGCCGAUGAACCGGUUCUAACUCAAGGAUAUCGUCACGGCCGGGUACCAGACGCUGAAGACGAGUUGGUCAGCAAAUUGAUCAUUCUCUCGUCUUCGCCAGAGCGGUUUUUGAAGAUUGGAAAGAGGCCAGGAGAUGAGGAGACGACCGACGAUACAUCAAGGACGGUGGAGAUGAAGCCCAUUAAGGGAACUGUUGCGGUGGCUAAGGGUUGUUUCUGCAAGGAAGACGAGGGAUGUGGAGUUGAGGAGCAAGAUGGAGAUAGCGCUGAUCACACGCAGGAUGAAGAUGAAGAGUACACUCCAGAGAGACAUGACACGGUCAGGGAUCGAUGUGCGGAGGCCAGGCGGCGUGAAGAUCAGAGCCGGGUAGACUCGUUGUCAAAGAACAUCAAGGAGCGCGCCGAGAACCUCAUGAUCGUGGACUUGAUUCGCAAUGAUUUGGCGCAUGUUUGUAAUGCCAAGUCUGUCCGGGUCCCUUACCUGAUGCAGGUCGAGUCCUACGAGACAGUCCACCAGCUCGUGACAACGGUCCGUGGCGAACUUUUUGAUCACAUCGACAAUACCCAGGCAGUGAAGGCAUGCUUCCCACCAGGAUCGAUGACAGGGGCACCUAAGCUCAGAUCGGUUCAAUUGUUGGAUUCGCUCGAGCACCAUGUUAGACGCGGUAUCUAUUCGGGUUGCCUUGGAUACAUUGGCAUUCCUGCGGUAGCCGCGCCAUCCCAGCGUUCGAUCGGAAGUGGGACCAAGGCCAGAGUGCGGUCUGCAGUUGAUCUUGCGGUUGUGAUCCGCACUGCUGUACUGUCUGUUGAGCCACAGGAGGACAAGGAAGGGCAGAUACAGCUUGUUGGUGAACUUUCUGUUGGAGCAGGGGGGGCCUUGACCAUUCUGUCCGACGCGAACGAGGAGUGGCGCGAGGUUCUUUUGAAGUCGCGCUCUGUCGUCCCUAGUGUUCUUACCUACCUGCAUCAGAACGAUGCUUAA